AUGUACGCUCCCGGCUACGGCUUUCAGGUCUCCAAUGUCCCUCCGACCUUCAACAACGCCGCCCCACCUCCAAAUCAGAACCCUCAUAUGCAGCAAGGCUCUGGCCCUACUCAGCCAGGCCAGCAGAUGAUGUACAACCCCAACCAAUUCGCUGGCAUGUCUGGUGGCCAGCCAGGCUUUGUCGGAGGCCCCAAUCCUGCGAUGAUGUCUGGCGCUGGUCCUGCAGGCAUGAUGCAGAACGCCGGCAUGCCGCACAUGGCCGCCAAUGGUCAGAUGGCCUUUCAAAACCCGUAUCAGGGCAAUCCCUACGGUGGUAACAUGCCCGCGCCGGGCGGCCAACAUCCCAACUUUGGAGGAAUGCAGGGCUUCCCGAUGAACGCGGCCAUGACGCCUCAGCAGCAGCAGCAGAUCAUGAUGCAGCAACAGCAGCAGCGUAUGCAGGCGCAACAGCAAGCACAACAGCAACAGCAACAGCAACAACAAGGGCAGGCAAACGCUGGUGGGAUGCCGUUGGGAUCGACACCACAAAGACCGAUGAGCGCGGCGCAAGGGGGUCACGGGUCACCAAACAGUGCUAUGCAGCAUCAGCAGCAUCAGCAACAGCAGCAGCAACACCAUCAACAGCAGCAACAACAUCAACAGCAGCAACAACAUCAACAGCACGCCCAGCAACAGCACCCGCAACAUCCCCAACAGCAGCAGCAGGGCCAGCCCCAGCAGCAACAUCCACAGCAAGGCCAACCUCAACAAUCCCAGCAACCACCUCAUCAGCCGCCUCAGCAGCAACAACAACCUGGUCAGCAGCAACAGCAACAGCAACAGGCGCAACAGCAACAACAACAACACCAACAGCAGCAGCAGCAAUCUCAAUUCCCAACUCCACAGGCCCCGUCGCACGGCCAGCCGCCGGCAACGACAGCACCUCAGCAGCAGCAACUCGCGGCCUCUAUUACCACCCCCCAAACCCCGACCUUUCCCCCACACAACCAGAAUGCGACGGUCAAUGGCACCUCCACGGUGUCUACGCCCCUGAGCCCUGGCAGCGAAUCACGGGAACAGGAACGAUUUUCACUGCUGCUUGAGAUCAACCAAGAACUGCUGUACGAGUCAAUGCAACUACAACACACUUUGACCGAGUUGAAGAAGGAAGCUGCGCCAACAGGAGAGGGUGACCCAGCGAGGAAGCCCUCGCAAGAGGAAACCGCAGUCCAACAGGAUUACAGCCAUUGUAUGCGACGACUUCAAGCGAACCUGGCAUAUUUGGCUGCUUUGGCAGAUAGGAAAGGCAAUGUCCAAGUACCGCCGUCGCCGGCUUACCUUUCCUCCCCGCCGUUGAACAUGACGCUGAAAGUCCGUCUACAAACUCCGCCUGGGGACGUGGCGGAAAACAAUCCGGACCCGACUACGGACCGCCAAGAAAGGUCUAGCUACCUCACCGAGCUUUACAACAAGCUGCAAGCCCUCUUUCCCAACGUUGACCCAAAGAAGGAGCCGGCAUUCCAGACGCCGGCCCGCCCGCAAGGCCAGCACCCUGGCCAACAAGGCAUAGCACAAGGCCAGCGACCAUCGAGCCAUCAAGCUAGCCCCGGUAUGGCCCAGGCUCAGCGUCCGAUGCAAAUGCAGAAUAUGCCGGGGUCACAUCAACCCCAUGGAAUGGUGCCAUCCUAG